AUGAUAACCGCUAUUUUUAAUACCGCGGUUAUUACUAAGUACACCGCGCACUCUGAUGAUCCUCUUGAAAAACUUCAUAAACUUAAUUUAAGUAAAGUACAAGAACGAGAAAUAAUUCAUGUAACAGUUCAUUGUUGUUUAUAUGAAAAAAGUUAUAAUCCAUAUAAUACAUUAAUCUUACAACGAUUUUGUGCAUACCAUCGUCGGUUUCAAAUUAUUUCUUUCUCAUUUCAUUCUAAAAAAUCUAAAUAUUCAGAAUUAGUUCAUUGUUGGUGUCAGAUUGCCAUCGAUCAGUUGUCAAUUGAAGAUAUAUUAUCAACUCAAGAACGUAUUCAUUGUCAAUUACUUGUUGAUGUACCAAAAUUAUCUAAACAAUCUCCACAUUAUUAUCGUCAACGACGUCAUUUAUUAGAAUUAAAUUUUGAUGAAAAACGACAAAUUGCUAUAACACUUUUACAAACAUAUCAACAAAGAUUUCGACCUAUUAUGAAUUUAGCUUUUCAUUUAAUUUUAUUAAAUGAUCAUCAUCAUCAUGAAAGCAUGAAACAACAAACAGAAAAAUUUGAAAGACAAGAAAAUUUUUUAUUUUUAUUGGGUCAAGCAGCUUUUCAGGAUUAUGAUAGAUUAAUUAAUAAUGCAACAAAACAAAUGUUACCCCCAAAUAUUCAAGGAAUGACAAAUGAUCUUACUAAUAAAAUAAUCUUAAUUAAAUCCGAUUCUGAUUUACCACCAUCACAUAAUGUUGAAAUUCUUAUUGGUCAAAAAUAUCUUACUGCUUUAUUUUAUUUAAAUGAACCAGAAGUUUUUUAUUAUCUUGAAUCUCGUUUUAAUAAAUCACAAAUAUAUACAAAAUUAUAUGAAAAUAAUAGAAUACAAUUGUAUCGUGAUCAAGAUAUUCAAUUAUUAGAACCACAUAUGUGUGCAACAGCUGAAUUAGCUUAUCAAUCAAUGAUUAAUUUUUCUAAAAAUCAAUCAAUUAUUGUUUCAGGUGAAUCAGGAGCUGGAAAAACCGUUAGUGCCAAAUAUGCUAUGAGAUAUUUUUCAAAUGUUAGAGGAUUAUUAGAAGAAACACAAAUUGAAAAAAACGCUAUUGGAAAUGCUAAAACAAUACGUAAUGAUAAUUCAUCACUUUUUGGGAAAUAUAUUGAAAUUGAAUUUUUAAAAUAUCAUAUUUGUGGAGCAUCAAUGAGAACUUAUUUAUUAGAAAAAUCAAGAGUCAUUUAUCAAGCACCUGAUGAACGAAAUUAUCAUAUAUUUUAUCAAUUAUGCACACAAGCAAAUCAAUCUGAUAUGAAAUCUCUUAUAUUUUGAAAUGUAUCUUGGGAACAAGUACUGCAAAAUGGAUCAAUCAGUGGUAUUCCUUCCUAUGUUAGUCAAAUCGAUGCUCCUAAUUCUACGUCAUUAACAACAACAACGACAGCAACAGUAACUGCAAAUCCAACAGGAAAUGUUGAUCUUCGUCGUCAAAGUAUAAGACAUUUGAGUGGAAUGAUUAAAUGCACUCCACAAGAAACUGAACGAAUAACUGAUGCAGUCAUUCUUGAACUAAAACCUCGCUUAGCUGCCAAAUACAUUCCUGGAAUUCCAGCUUAUAUAUUUUUUAUGUGUAUUCGAUAUAUUGAUUUUGUUGAUGAUGAAGCACAUGUUGCUGGAUUUUUAUCAGCUAUAACAAAAAAAAUCAAAAAAGUUCCAAGAAGAAAUGAAGAUAUUGAUUAUCCAAUCUUAUGGAUAACAAAUACAGUUCGAUUCCUUCAUAUAUUACAACAAUAUAGUGGUGAAGAGAAAUAUCAAACUACAAAUACACCAAAACAAAAUGAACAAGCAUUAAGGAACUUUGAUUUAACUGAUUAUCGAACGAUAUUUGCUGAUCUUGUGGUUCAUUUAUAUGAUGAAAUUCUUAAACGAAUUAAAGCUAAAUUAUUACCAAUGAUAAUUCCUGCUAUAAUUGAACAUGAAGAUCUUGAAUCAGGUAGUAUCGUGUCUAUAAAUCCAAUGACAUCUGCAUCAACUUCGAACGAUAAACGAUCAAAAUUUUCAGCCCAAGAUCUUCUUAAACAAUUAAAUGAUUAUCACAAAUUAGUUCAAAUGUAUUCAGUUGAACCAUUUAUUGUUCAACAACUAUUCAAACAAAUUUUUUAUAUAAUCAAUGCUCAGGCUUUUCGUGGUUUACUUGUACGAAGUGAUUGUUGUAAUUGGAGUAAAGCUCUUCAAAUUCGAUAUAAUUUGAAUCAUUUAACAGAAUGGUUACGUGAUCAAAAUUUACAAGAAAGUGGUGCUGCUGAUUGUCUUCUACCAUUAACGCAAGCUGUUCAAUUAUUUCUUUGUAAAAAAGAUGAAGCCAGCAUUAGUAAUGUUUGUACAAAACUUACAAUUGUUCAAGUAACAAAAUUAUUAAGUUUGUAUAAAUCAAUGGAUGAUUUUGAUGAUCAAGUAACACCAGCAUUAAUUAAACGAGUAUCGGAUUUAUUAAAACAACAAAGACUUAGUUCAACAAAAGAUCAAACAAUAAUUGAUUAUGAACAGCAAGAAAAUUUUGAUCUUUCAUAUACAUUUCCACUUGUAUAUCCUUAUGUUCCAUCAGCAGUUUCACUCGAUCAAUUAGAUAUACCACAUGAACUUCAUCUUGAUUUUCUUUCACUUGUUUAA